AGUGUAUUAGUAAUCUAUGGACACAACUGGUUUAUGAUGCUGACCUUCCGAUUGGGUGUGGUUACGGUGCUAUCUCCCGGUCCCGGACAUGGCAAUACACCAACAUUAAGCGUCUUGCUCAAACCGACCCGUCACGACACUUGUUUGCCCCACUGUUCGGCACCCUGCAGGGGCAAGUAUGACAUCAAUGACUCCUCACCGCGGGAGCCACGUACAGCAGCCACUACCGCUCCGCCGCAUCCUUCUACUCUGCCCCGCAAAAGCGUUUAAAAGUCACCACGUUGUGCACGGUCGAUUUGAAGGAGUCCCCGUUUAAAUGUAUUUCAAUGACUGGUGAACUUGGAAAGAGGAAAGGGCACUCACUGACUGACAGCCACAACGAUGAUUUAAAAACACACCAACCUAACAACAUCACACCCCCAUUGGCUCACGAGGAGGAAGAUACAACACAUUGGCCCCGCCCCUUCACACUGUCUUUGGACAAAAAAACAACAAAAAAACAGCCGCUUAGUCACGAUAGGACGAGGAGAUGCGUUGUCCGAUGAUGUUGACCCUGCAGGCGGUGUGUGUGUGUGUGAGCGUGUGUGUGGCCAUGCAGCAAUACCCAGCUGCCUGGGGCCACUAUGACGUGUGUAAGAGUCAGAUCUACACAGAGGAAGGGUUAACGUGGGACUACAUGGCCUGUCAACCAGAAGCUACAAUCCUGACCAAGUACCUGACCGUCAGCCUGGACCCGCCCAAUAUCACCUGUGGAGACCCACCUGAGACAUACUGCGCACUGGAAAACCCUUACAUGUGCAACAACGAGUGUGACGCCUCCACAGAUGAACUAGCCCACCCUUCGGAGCUCAUGUUCGAUUUCGAGGGCCGCAACCCAACAACCUUCUGGCAGUCCAGUUCCUGGAAGAAGUACCCCAAACCCCUGGAGGUCAACAUCACGCUGUCCUGGAACAAAACUAUCGAGCUGACGGACGACAUCGUCCUCACCUUCGAGUCCGGCCGCCCUGAGCAGAUGCUUCUGGAGAAAUCGCUAGACUACGGUAAAACAUGGACCCCUUACCAGUUUUACGCUACCGACUGCCUCGACGCAUUUACCAUGGACCCCAAGACGGUCAACGAGCUGACCCAGCGAACCCUCCUCGACAUCAUCUGUACCGAGGACUACUCCCGUGGCUACGUGUGGAAGUACGAUAAAACAGUCCGCUUCGAGAUCAAGGACCGGUUUGCGCUGUUCGCCGGGCUGCAGCUGUACAACAUGGCGUCGCUCUACGGUCAACUGGACACCACCAGGAACCUACGGGACUUCUUCACUGUGACGGACCUGAGGAUACGGCUGCUGAAACCGGCCACCGGGUCCACCAUGGUGGAUGAAAACAACUUGUCCCGAUACUUCUACGCCAUCUCUGACAUCAAGGUGCAGGGAAGGUGUAAGUGUAACCUGCACUCCAACAGCUGUGUGUUUGACAAGGACAAGGGGAAGCUGGGGUGUGAGUGUGAACACAACACAACAGGACCAGACUGCGGCCGCUGUAAGAGACACUACCACGGACGACCCUGGAGCGUCGGGUCCUACCUGCCCAUUCCCAAAGGAACUGCUAACAUCUGUAUCCAUAGCAGUCAUGGACCAGUGCAUCGAGCUAAUGCUUCAUCUCUGGGUGUUGCAAACCGUAAUCAAGCUCAUGUGUGUGACAACGCCAUGCUUCUCUGUCAGAACGGGGGAACGUGCCACCUCCACCACCAACGGUGCCACUGUGCUACAGGCUUCACUGGCAUCCUUUGUGAGAGAGAACGAUGCCAGGGUCCUGGGCCCUGUGAGGAGUACCCCACGUCUGGGCAACCAUCCCUCCAUCACCCCCCCCUCUUCCACUACCUCUACCCUCUCCUGCUGGGCCCCCCAGGUCUGCUCCUCACCCUGCUACUCCCCCUGGUGAUGAUAGGGUUCUGUUGACAAUCGCUGUAUUCAUUACAAUUGGCCAGGGAACUUGGAACUUGGAAAGAUCUACUUGGCCUUAUUGCGUUUUGACAGGACAGGAGAAAGACAUCUCUAACCACAUGUCGUGGGACAGCAUCUUGGGGAAAGGAAAAGGAACUUCAGCACCUAAAGUACCUAGAUGGGACGAUCCAGAGACACUGACCGAGAUACAAAAAUGCCAUCAUGACUGAAAUGAGGUAGAAGUGCAAGUGUUUGCUGAUAAACUAGAUGAUUAACGAAGAUAUGCUUUUGGUCAGAGACAGACAGACAGACAGACAG